CCUGCCGGCUUCAGCCCCUGCACCCCAAAGGAGGAGACUGCCUUGGCCCUGUGGCGCACCCCACUGCAACCAAUGUGCCGGAGGAGGACGUCACCAGCUCCUCGGCACUGGACAGCCAGACACACCACACCAGCCCUGAAGCUGCUGCCUGGACCCCUUCCACGUGCCCUCAGUGCAGCGAGGAGGGGGCUGUGCACCCCAGCCCCCCGAGCUGCCCCAUCUCCCUGCCUUGGCCUCCCGGCACGUCCCCACCACCAUGCUGCAGAGCCGGUGCCCUGACCACGUCUUUUUCCAGUCCCAACAAAGACCUCCCAGUGCCGCUGGGCGAGCUCCUGAGCUGGGUCUCCGACAUCAGCAGGUCGUGGAUGGGCUCGAGGGGAGCUCCGGAAGCGGCAGCUGCUCGGCCGUGCCCACCUGCACAGUGUGGCUGGAUGUCCAUACCACUUCCCCUCAUCGCCGCCGUGGAGCCCGUCCCCCGCCCUGAGGCCGGUGGGACCGCACCUGAGGACACAGGGACGUUCUCCCUCACCCUUUGCACUUGCCAGAGUCCCCUGCCAGAGACUGGGGCCACGGUGCCCGAGCAGCCAAUGGCCCAAGAAGCACCCACAGGGUCACCUGGCCCUCCCUCGCCCCACACACUCCCUCCUCCCUGGGGAUGGCCUCCUGGUGUGGUGUCGGGCUCACUGCGGAUCUCCAAAACAUCUCCUCCUUCCCCCCUGCUCUCAUCUGCCACCUGUAAAUCCUGUCAUGUUACCCUCCGCCUCCGGUGUCAUUAUUGCUCUCAUGGCCCCGUUCGGCUUUGCAUGAGGUGCCGCUGCACGCAGCUCCAGGACAGUCCCCCCUCCCGGGGCCCCCCACACCCUGAUCGUCACUCAGCGGGACACUGGGGGCCCACGGAUUACGCAAACACAUCUCUUCUUGGGGGCAAAACACUAAACUUGUACAUACCGCCAAGUGUCUGUAAAAGGAGCAGUGCGGGCCCAGGGCUCCCCUGCAAGGGCAGUAAAGGAGAAUCCUCUGAAACCAGCCGGCAGCUCUGCGUGAUCUGUUCACCCCUUGGCCUUGCCACCGUGGCCGUGGGCUCCCAUUGCCUCCUGCAGCUUCGUGCCGCGGCCUGUGCGGGCUGCUGCAGGUCGUGGUGAAGUGUGUCGGGGUGC